UUUAUUGGCCCUGACUCGUAAAUUUCCCAUUCAGUUUGUGGGUUGUUCUACUUCUUCAGGAGACGAACUGGUUAUGCUGAACUUUGCAAUGGCCUCAACCAACGAUAGAAAUGGCAAUGGUGAAAUAGAAGUAUCUAAUAGCAAAGAAGGAGAAGCUCAAAAUGCUUUCAACUUCUCUACAUCUCAAAAAGUCCUAUUGCAUGAUGAAGUCACACAAAGACGAUCCCCUAUCUCCAUUACUGUGGUGACUCCUAUUAAGAAAAGUUUCUUCAAAUUUGGUUCAGCAUCUGCUAGGUUCCAGCAGAUUGCCAAGGAGAAGGACGACAUGUCACGUUCUGUGCGUUUUUCAAGUGGUCAUCAUUUCCGAGAACGUCUAAGUGAAGUACUCUCUAAGAAAAUUGAUUGGGAUUCACUCCUGAACAUGAGCAAGACAUGGAUCAGAGACCCAUUGAACAUAGCUCUUUUCAUUUGGAUAAUUGGUGUUGCUGUGUCUGGUGCAAUCCUGUUCCUUGUCAUGACCGGGAUGUUAAACGCUGCAUUGCCGAAAAAAUCCGUAAGAGAUGUUUGGUUUGAAGUCAAUAAUCAAAUUCUGAAUGCAUUGUUUACACUUAUGUGUCUGUACCAACAUCCAAAACGGAUCUACCAUCUCAUACUUUUAUCUCGAUGGAAACGCGAAGAUGUUACUAAACUUAGAAAGCUUUACUGCAAGGAUGGGACUUACAAGCCUCAUGAAUGGACGCAUAUGUUGGUGGUUAUAAUUCUCCUCAACGUGAACUGUUUUGCUCAGUAUGCACUUUGUGGUCUGAAUUUGGGUUACAGGAGAUCUCAGCGUCCAGCCAUAGGAGUAGGAAUAUGCAUAUCUGUUGCAAUUGCUGCACCAGCCAUCGCUGGUGUCUACACUAUAAUUAGCCCCUUGGGGAAGGAUUAUGAUUCUGAAAUCGACGAGGAAGCGCAGCUUCCAAAUCAGACGGUUAAUGGUGAUCAACAGCAACCGUCUAGGUCGAAAUCACUAGAGAGAAGAUAUUCGCUUGCAACAAGAGAUGAGCACAGAAUUAUCGAGACGAGUCCACAGUGGAGUGGUGGAAUACUCGACUUUUGGGAUGAUAUAUCUCUAGCAUACCUUUCCCUUUUCUGUAGCUUUUGUGUAUUUGGUUGGAAUAUGGAGAGACUAGGCUUUGGAAAUAUGUAUGUCCAUAUUGCAACAUUCAUUCUGUUCUGUAUGGCUCCUUUCUGGAUUUUUCUCUUAGCUGCUGUAAACAUUGAUAACGAAACUGUUCGGACGCUUAUGGCGGUCACCGGGAUUGUUCUUUGUGUAUUUGGUUUACUCUAUGGCGGUUUUUGGCGGAUACAGAUGAGAAAGAGAUACAAUUUGCCAGCAUAUAGCUUUUGUUUUGGCAAGUCUGCUGUGGCUGACUGCACUCUAUGGCUCUUCUGUUGUUGGUGCACUCUGGCACAAGAGGCACGCACUGGAAAUUCAUAUGACAUAGUACAAGAGAAGUUUUGCAGAAAACAAACAGAAGCAUGGGGGAGUAAGCAGGUCCAUGGUGAAGAUAACAAAUCCAUUUCAGGUUCUCCACAGGCAAACAUCUCCAGCCCAUCUAAGAUUAUUGCAGGAGGGUCUCCUGUUCCCAUCUCAAAGGGCUAUGACAGUCCACAAAGGGCUUUUACUUCAGUGAAAGAGGAACUUGAAGAAGGUGCAGAUAAAACUAUGAUGCCUCCUUCGCCUCCUUUGAUUCAGAGAGAAGCGACGUAACUCGGUUGAGGUAAAGGCUUGCAUUUGUGGUAUAUGGCUGGAUUUAGUGUUUUUUUGUACUAUUUUUGUGUGUUUAUAAUGAAUUGGAAUUGCCUCCUUAUUCUUGAAUGUCUUUUACACGUAGAGAGCUCCUACUGAAAGCCUGAAGUUUGUAUCAUACUGAUAUGAUUUUGAGUUUUAUUCAAAUAUCCACUUUGGCCUUUUUUUGCA